AUGAGCGCGACUGAGGUUGACCAUAUGGCGACACAAAGGAAUGGAGAAGAUGUAAGUCGAGGUCUUGAGAAAAUUGAAAACAAAGAAAUGACAUUGAGACAAUCUGCGAAAGCCUUCAAAAUCCCACCAGGAACAUUAUCAGCAAGAAUAUCUCUCAAACCGAUUAUCACAUUGCAAGGUUCAACGUGUCAAGAUUUGUUGAAAUAUGCUGCUGAAUAUGUGGAACUGGUGAAGUUAACAGCUCGUUUUCCAAACGGAGCACCAGCCUGUGACUUAUGGCUUCGUGAAAAGAUGGAAGGAUACGUUAAAACUGAUGAACAGUGUGAAACUGGAAAAAGUACAUGCAAAAGGCGUCACAACAGAGACCGUAAACGCAAAUUUAUAAGUGUGACGAAUCCAGUUUUAACGAUGAUCCGGGAAAAAGAAGGUUCUGGUCAGUCGAGAAACGAAAUAUGCGAAUCAAUUCACAGCAGUAGUGGCAAAUCCCAUACGACGGUAUUGUUAACAAUCGCCGCUAACGGUACCAAUGAUGCAGUUGGAAGUCAAUAUCGAGAUAAACAAUUUGAAUAG